AUGGUACUGUUGGUUUCUAAUUCUGCAUCUUCAACAAGUACGAUCCGAACUACAACAAGAAGGAAUUUCACAGGUAAGCCACUGCUGACAAGGCCCCAAAUUUUCCCUCAGGUUGACAUAUUCUUAAAAAUCUCGUUUCAGGGAAGCGGCAAGUUCAGAGAGAACCAGCAUUCGUCCUGCGAUGCCCGUCUCCUGCACGAACGAGACAUCCACACAGAGUAAGGAAAACAGAUUCGUUCUUACCUACUAAAAGAGCAAACCAGUUUUUAAUUUUCAAAACGGGGUUAGCCCGACUCCAAGCACCGAAAAAACUCCAAAAAGAGAUCAAAAUUACCCCGAAUUUGAGAUCAAAAAGUAUUAUGGAGACAAAGAGAGACGGUUACAGUGGGGGACCGGAUCAGUGGCAAAAAACGUACCAUUUUGCUUCCGGGAAGUAUCAAAAAUGUGACAAAAUGCUUGCCUCUCCAAGUGAAAACAACUCCGACUUCAGAAGCGCGCCCACUCUUUUUGUGAGGAAAAAGGGCGCGCCCUUCAAAACGAAGUUUUUUUUCAGUUGAAGAGGGAAGGAUUUUGCCACGUUUUUGAUACUUCCCGGACGCAAAAUGGUACGUUUUCUGCCACUGGAUAAGGUACCCUACUGUAGAUCGAAGUGAACUCAGCACACUUCAAUUCCAGAUGCGUUACAACUCGAAAAUGUCUCGAAACGUAUCCCAGCAAUAUUAUCCCUUCAAAAUAAAUGAUAGCUCCAUUUUUGAAGAGAGAAAGUUUUUCAAGACAUCUUUUCAGACAUCCCUCUUCAAGAACAACAAUAUUUUUGUGUCUCUACAAAACAUUUUGAUACACAAUUUGGACCAAUUUAAUCUCAUUUCGAACUUUCUAUCGACCAGCAGCUAAUUCCAAUACAAAUAAAUUCCCCAAAACUUUUUCAGCUCCGAAUCAGCAUGGCGUUUUAUUUUAACAACUCAUUACUACUCCAAAUUGACAACGGCACAGUCCUGACAUUCGACAAACUCAAAGGAACCAGCAAAGUAAUCCAAUGGAAAACGUUUGGCGACUUCAAUUCCGCCAUAGUUUUGUGGAAAAACGGAAAAGUUAGGUUUGAGUACGAAGAGAAACGGCAUUGGUAUGCGAUGAGAAUCAAGUCUGCGGAGUUUCACCAGCUUCGAGGGAACUGGCGGUGCAGAAUGCUAGUGGUUUCGGCGCGUAAUGGGAAGAUUCAUAAGGCCAAAUAUGAGAGUAAAAAGUGGUACGGACCUCAGACUACCUACUUUGUCAUUCACAAAGUGAGUUUGGCCAUUGGGUUUAGAAUUUUCGUGAUUCUUUUCAUGUGGGCGAUAUUUUAUAUGAAAUUUUCAUAGUUUUAGCUGAAACACGAUUACAGCUUUCAAAUUUUUGGCAAUUUAUGAUAUAGGUGACAUUUUAUACGAAAAAUAUCGAAAAUCCGGGAAGUAUCAAAAAUGUAGCAAAAUGCUUCCCCCUCCAAGUGAAAAAACUUCGUUUUGAAGGGCGCGCCCUUUUUCAUCAUAAAAAGAGCGCGCUUUUGAAAUCGGAGUUUUUUCACUUGGAGAGGGAGGUAUUUUGCCACAUUUUUGAUGCUCCCUGGAUGCAAAAUGAUACGUUUUUUGCCACUGUAUCAGGUCCCCACAGUACAACUGUCAGUCAAUCCAAGACUGUCUAUCUAUACAACGUUUCAGAAAAUUCAAAGCCUUUCAUCCAUUUAAAUUCUGCUUUUAGAACCAGACAACUAUAAAUCCUACUGUGGAAUACGAUAGAAUCGACAAUCGAGCCACUAAAAUCAAACUGGACGACAAAAAAAUCAUCAAAAAGGAGACCGAAAGCGCUUUCGACGACAGUGUAAUGUAAGACUUGCAUAUUUCAUUCAUUACUUUAUAUUGCCCUUCAGAUUCACAAAACCCAACGAAGACUUCACUGUUUUUCACCGAAUGAGCCGUUAUCGAGAGCUUGCUUACAUCAGAAACUCGGAUAUAAAAGACGAAAGGGACGAGGCUGGAAUUCAAGUGGGAAAAAUUACCUACGUAGACGAGCCUUCCAGGCAAAGAAAUUAUUCAUCUGUUCAUGCUUUGCCGGCUAAUUUUUGUACCAAGAAUCAAGCCAGAGUCGCCUUAACAUUACUAGCAUCCUAUAUUUUACAACUUCUUUAG